AUGGGGCGGAAGAGAGGUAAGCGCGUUUGGAGAGUGGGAAAUGAUUCAACUGUUGAUACAGCUAAUGAUGCUGUGCGAAAUGAUUCGUCUGUUGAUACAGCUAACGAUGCUGUGCGAAAUGAUUCAUCUGUUGAUGUAGUUAAUAAUGUUGGAAAUGUGAAUAGUCAAAGAAUUCAGAAGAAGGAUGCUGAUGUAAGCAAUCGUGACUCGAAAAACUUGGAUUUGUCACAGGCUGAUAACGAUGCUACCUUGAAUAGAAAACUUCCUAGUGCUGCUAAUGUUAUUGUAUCAGCAGAUACAAAUCAGGAAAAACGCGUUACUAAGGACCUGAACAGAAAUAAGAGCGUGGUUAUGCAAGGAUCUCCUACCAGUCGAGCUUCUUUGAUUGCUGCACCAGACACAAAUCAGGGAAAACACGUUUCAAAGGACCUGAGUAAAAAUAAGAGUGUGAUUGUGCAAGGAUCUCCUACCAGUCGAGCUUCUUUGAAUACUGGUGCUUCAAAGUUGUUGAUUCCUGAAGAUAAGAGUGUGGUUAUGCAACGAUCUCCCACCAAUGGAGCUUCUUUGAAUGCCGGUGCUUCAAGGUUGUUGAUUCCUGAAGAUAAAGCCCGAACAAUUUAUGGUCGUGAAAAUGACGUUUGUUGGGCUGUGAAUGAGGCUCAUGGGGCGCAACUAGCCGCUGAAGCCAUUGAGAUGAGGAAGGGCUAUCCUCUUGCUGAGUUUGAGAAAUUUAUUCGUUCUGCCUCUCCAGUUAUAUGUCCAUCUGUUCAAGGUGGUCAAGGUGCACCUCUAAGCAGGUGUGAGAUACCGAAUAUCUCUUUAUGGAACUUGUGGCAGUGGUUUGAGAAACAUGGAAACUAUGGUUUACAAGUAAAAGCAGAGGAACAUACAACUCGUCGUCUGAAGUUCAGUGCAUAUUUUAAUCCCUCUUUGUCAGCCAUUCAGCUCUUCAAGGAUAAACGAACUCAGGGUUCACCUACAGGAGACUUUCACACAAGAUUUUCUCUACUUUUACCUAAAUCUCGUGUUGAGAACUCAAGCUCUUCACGAAAAGAGAAUGUUGUCUCUGACUCCAGGGCAUCUUCAGAUUGCAGUGCUGCAGAUCCACUAGUUGAAUCUAAGUUGUCUGAUGAACUUCUGUUUGAAUAUUUCGAACAAGAAAGACCUCAUAGUCGUAAACCGUUUUUUGAAAAGAUUCAGGAACUUGUUGCUGCUGAUGGGCCUUCAAGUCGUGGAGAUCCAUCAAUCCUACAGUCCGUGCGCUUACCUGAUCUGCAUCCUCAUUCUUGGUUUUGUGUUGCAUGGUACCCAAUUUAUAGGAUACCAACCAGCAACUUUCAUGCUUCUUUCUUGACUUAUCAUUCGCUUGGACAUUAUAUUCACAGAGGCCAGACACUUGACGCCCCUGCCGGUGUAGUUUCCCCGAUUGUGGGCCUCCAAAGCUACAAUGCUCAGGGUGAAUGCUGGUUUCAGCGAAGGUACCUGAAUGAAGUGACUGUGGAUUUAGUUCUACAAGAACGAGUAAGGACACUGCAGCAGACUGCCUUUUUUAUGUCACGAGCUGUGGGAACGAAUGGUGCAGGAACACUCUUCAACAAGCAUUAUGAUUAUGAGUUUUUCAUGUCUAGGUGGCAUUAA